AAAAGUGACGUUUACGUCUUGUAUUCCAAGAUGGCGACCCCCAUAGCACGGGGAUGUCCUCGCGUCUGGAAACUCAGCUGUCAUCCGUUCAAAAAAUAUUAUUUAAACCGUUCUAAUUUUCAUCUUUCAGUAAUCUAUAACAACGGGCUUCUUGCAUCACUUUACAAACGCGGCGUCUUAAAGGAUUGCUUCCCUGAAGGUGCCGGUCAGGUUCAGCUUCCUUUGCUCCUUCAGUCGGGGUCUCAGACUGUUUACUGUGGCUUUGACCCCACAGCAGAUAGCCUCCACGCGGGGAAUUUACUCGCAAUUAUCGGCCUCCUUCACUUCAGAAAUGCCGGACACAAUGUCGUCGCUCUUAUCGGUGGAGCAACAGCUCAAAUUGGAGACCCAAGCGGCAAAACGACGGAAAGAGAACCUCUGUCUAGUGACGUGGUUAAACACAAUGAAAGUGGCAUAAGGGAGAGCUUGCACAGAUUAUUUGCCAACCAUGAACUAUACUUUUGCAGCGACCCCAAGAAACUGGGCACGACAUCAAUCAUGAACAAUGCAAAGUGGUAUAAAGGGUGGAAUGUGGUUACGUUUUUGUCAGACAUAGGCAGACACUUUCGAAUGGGCACCAUGCUAAGUAGACACAGCGUGCAGUCUCGACUCAAAAGUGCGGAAGGGAUGAGUUUCACAGAGUUCUCUUAUCAGCUUUUCCAAGCCUACGACUUCUAUCAUCUGAACCAGCUAUGCAACUGUAAGAUUCAACUUGGAGGAACAGACCAAUUGGGCAACUUGAUGACUGGGCAUGAGUUUAUCCAAAAAAAGACUAAUUCAGAUGUAUAUGGACUGACUAUUCCACUCAUAACCACAUCUAUGGGAGACAAGCUGGGGAAGAGUGCAGGAAAUGCAGUGUGGUUGAACAGGGACCGAACAUCCCCCUUUGAACUGUACCAGUAUUUCCUGAGACAGCCAGACAACAGUGUGGAACGGUAUCUAAGACUUUUCACCUUUCUUCCCCUGGCAGAGGUGGAUAAGGUGAUGGAGGUGCAUUUGCAGGAACCUGGAAAGAGGACCGCUCAGAAACGUCUGGCUGCAGAGGUCACCAAGCUAGUCCAUGGCAAAGACGGCCUGGAGAGUGCAAAAAGGUGCACCAACGCUCUGUACCAUAGCAACCUGCAGGCACUGGAGCAGAUGAGUGAUGUGGAGCUUCAGGAGCUCUUUCGAGAAGCCCCAUUCAUGGAGCUGCUACUGGAACCGGGCACCACUGUGCUGGACGCCUGUCGCCACAUACAAGCCAUUCCAGAUGGACCCAGAGGGUAUCGCAUGGUUCAAGAUGGAGGUGUAUGGAUCAACCAUCAGCGCACUGAGAGUCCACAGCAGGUGCUCACUCCUGGUCACCACAUCCUGGCCAACGGCCUUACGCUCAUCCGAGUAGGCAAGAAAAACUACUACAUCCUCAAGUGGCUAAACCUUUGAAACCAAACACAGCCACCAGCCGUCCCUGGGAUGUAAAAAGCCCUUUUGCUGAAACCCUGAGGUGAAACAGCAACCCACACCCUUUAUCUGAAUUCUAUGUUUGCCACAGAUACAGAAACACCAUGGAGGACUUGCUUCAAUCUGUGGUAGAAAAUGCUGUUCAGGUUGAAGGUAUGCUGUGUGGUGAGAGGUUACAAUUUGCCUACAGUUGACAAGAUAUACUGUUUAGAUGUACUUUGACUACACCCGACUUGAAAUAAAUUGGGGACACAAUGACGGCA